AUGGAUUUCACGAAGAAUCCGGCCUUGCGCCAGUUAUCCGGCGACCAUGACAAACUCCUAAACGCCCUCAACGACGCCCGCUCCCUUGGGCUCCAUGGCCUAUCCGACCCUCCAAUGCUGGUAGUCUGUGGCACAAGAUCUAGUGGGAAAAGCUCUGUCCUGCAAGCCAUCUCACGCAUCCCAUUCCCGUCCGCAAAGGACAGCAGCCGCUGCACUCAGUUCGCAACAGAGGUUACUCUCCGCCGAAGCAACUCGCCGGGUACCGAAGCUUCAAUUGUGCCUGGUCCCUCGUGCACUGAUCCAGCUGAACGAGCGAAACUGCGAAACUCCAUCAACGCUGACUUUUCGUCGCGCCAUACUUUCGGUGGUGUGUAUGCGGCCGCGGAACUCCGGAUGGGUCGCUUUGGCCCUGAAAGCUCUGACGACGUUACUGAUCAUACCCUGAAACUUGAGGUUUCUGGGCCGGACCAGCCUGGGCUGACUCUGGUUGACCUGCCUGGUUUGGACUUCGAGCCUGCUGAAGAGGAUGAAGAAUCUGCCCGACUCGCCAAAAGGCUGGCUAAGAAGUACAUGGCCAGUCCUAGGAGUAUUAUUCUGCUAGUGGUCAGUGCAGAAGCGGCUGAUGAUAUUGACGAGUUGCUUGACAUGGCGCACCGGUUCGAUGGCAAGGGCCAGCGGACUCUGGGAAUUAUUACUCGCCCUGAUUCUCUUGUUCCUGGCUCUGACGGGGAAGCUUCAGUCCUCCAGCUCCUACGCAAUGAGAAGAUGUGUCUCCCACUGGGAUGGCACGUUCUGAAGCAGUGUACAGAGGCAGACGACAUCUCAUACGAUACUCGGGACCAGAAGGAAAAGGAGUUUUUCGGACAGGGCAGCUGGACCAGCCUUCUCCCAGACCUCCUCGGGGCAGAGAGUCUGCGUCGGCGACUCGGCGGCAUUCUCUUUCAAUACUACGAGCGUCGCCUUCCUCCUUUCGUGGCUGAUAUGCAGAAACGCAUAUCUGAGAGACAAGCUACACUGGCAGACUUGGCUACUCCCCGUUCUACAAUCCAAUCGCAACGGGCAUAUCUCCUACAUAUUGCAAGCGGCUUUGAACGUAUUGCAAACCAGGCCGUGGACGAGACCUAUCUCGAUGCCUACUUCGACAACCUAGGCAAGGGAAUGCUGCGACGGGUAAUCCGACAGCUCAAUGAAUUAUUCGCAGACGCAAUGGCCAUCAGAGGAGCGAGACGCGUCAUUGCAGAUGAUCCAGCGCCAUUCCCCCUUUCCCAAAACCCGUACCUGCAGAGCUGGACGCCUCAAUAUAUAACCCGCCUUGCUCUAGAAACGGAGGCUUGUGAGCUUGUGCGUCACAACUAUGGCUCGGACUCAACAGGAAGCUCCAAUCGAAUCGUUGCUGGUAUACUGUUUCGCAAUCAGGCGCAGCCUUGGGAGGAGGUUGCCAGGAUGCACCUCUUAAACGCCUGGGACGCGGUCAAACGCUUUGCAUUCGCUGCCCUCCAACACUUAACGGACGACCGCACCUCUGUCAUCCUCGCGAGGUCCGUCCUCGAGCCGGCACUCGACAAGAUCAAGCAGGAUCUGAUCAAGAAGCUGACCGAACUAAUCCUGCCGACAAAAAGAUACGUCCCCUUGCCAAUGAGCAAGGCCGUAGCAGCUGACGUCGAAGAGGCGCGAAAGACCCGUCUACUACACUCCCUCGAGUCGACGCUGAUACACGAGAACGGGGAUCCUGACCUCUUCUAUAUGCCAACCAUCAAGUCGGCGUUUUUCCAGAUGGACGCUGCACGACACGAGUUUGCAGCGGCCGAAGUCGUCGAUCAUAUGCAGUUCUACUACGACACUGCCGUUCCUACCUUCGUCGAUAACGUGAACAAUCUCGCGGUUGAGAACUGCCUGGUAAACCCCCUUCGAGGCAUCUUCAGUGCCCAGGUCGUGAACAGCAUGGACGACACCCGGAUCCAGGAACUCGCUGCAGAGCCACCGAAGGUCAAUGAGGAGCGGGAUCGUCUCCGCAAUGAACUGGACGAGUUCCGGGCUGUCAUCCGGGCUUUGGAUGUGUUUCGUCCAUUGGAGUUGUCUCUAGAAGACCUCUCUAUGAACACGCCUGAGGCUCCAAAGUCGACGGAAAGUCCUAUCUCGCAGAAAUCGCAGAAAACACCUACGUCUUCUCAGGAUAGUACAUCGAAGGCUGGUUCUGACAGCCACCCUUCAGAAGUGCAUCUGAGCCGAUCCGACGCCCCAACGCCCAGGCCACGAAAGCGAGUUCGACCUGGCACGGUGGCAUCAGACGAUGAUGAGCUCCAGUACUCCGGGCUCAACAGCAGCACCGCCUCAAACGGGACAACAAUCGGAACCUACAAAGUCUCAGAAGCAUUCCUGGCCGCUACCGCUACCGCUACUGCAACUGCUACUCAUCCAGACAAGACAUCAGAACUCAGCGCGCAGUUGGACGAAAUCCUGCGCAGCAAACCGGCACCCGCACGCCGUACCUCGAUCUUGGGAAAACCUCCUUUUACAUUCACCGACAGCAUAUAUCGCAAUCAACGCCCUGAGAAGCGCUCUCGAGCUGAGCUAGAACAGCGUGACGAGGUGAGCAGCGCCAGCGCCAGCGGCAUACCCGUGCCCGUCUGGUCUUGUGCCCGGAAUUUUAGCAGUGGCGUGUCGGAGUCUAAAUGGGCACCCCGACGGUGA